GAAAACAGUAUACUGUGAGUGUUGCGUUCCCUGGCUCGAUAGUUGAAAAUGCUCAGUCAACUGAACUUAAAACUUAUUUGGCUGGACAGCUUGCACGUGCUUUCGCGAUAUUUAAUGUGAAUGAAGUAGUCGUCUUCAAUGAAUCGGGAGCAUUGCGAAAUUCAGAUAAUAUUCUGCAAGGAGAGUCCAGUCGUAAAAACAAACAAUCCAAAAAUAUUUCUUCUGAUCCAAAUAUUUUUUUAGCUAGGAUAUUACAGUAUUUGGAAACUCCACAGUGGGAUCUAUUUCCCGUUCAUCAAGAUCUUAGAUAUGCUGAUUGUCCACAUCACGUUCGUCAAGAUGAGAAAUGUCCGUUUAGAGAAGGUGUUGUAAUGGACAAAAAGAUUAAAAAAGGUUCUUUGGUCAAUGCUGGGCUCACCAAGCAUGUUAUAAUUGAUCGUUCAAUCAAACCAGGAAUCCGCGUAACUUUGGAUAUGGAAAAUUAUGAUGUUGUCAAAGCUGAUGGAACCUAUAUUAAAGCUAAGGUGGUAUCGCCAAAAACUCCGCGACAAAAUGGCUUUUAUUGGGGCUAUCAAGUUCGCAUGGCAGAUUCAAUAUCAAAAGUGUUCACUGAAUGUCCAUUUCCACAGUCUGGGUACGACCUGACUAUAGGAACAUCCGAACGUGGCAGGGUUGUUCAUAACCUGGUAGACGAAUUACCAGAAUUUAGCCAUUUGCUAAUCAUGUUCGGUGGUUUGGGAGGACUUGAAACUUCUAUUGAUGCGGAUCAAGAUUUAAAAUGCACCGGCGAAGAAGCGGAUGCUUUGUUUGAUUUAUGGAUAAACACAUGCCCCGGUCAAGGAAGUCGUACAAUAAGAACUGAGGAAGCUGUGCUAAUUACAUUGGCAACUUUAAGAGCUGCAAUUGGCGAGAAAGGAAAGCAAUGA